AUGCAAGGGCAGUCCGGUGGACAAGGGGGAAGCCAAAGCGAGGGCCACAAUGGAGGCCAGCAACAGAUCAGAUCUCAAGCCAAGAACCAACAGAAGAAGAGCAAAGAAGGAAAUCAGAGAACCCUCGCAGCUAAUCCGGGUCUGAUGUCCUAUGCUGGGGUCACUUGUUACAAUUGUGGUGACCCUGGGCACCACAAAGACAAGUGUUACGAAGCCCAGGAAUUGUUUCAUCUGCAAAAUGAUCAACCACAAGGUGGAAGACUGCCAGUGAGGAAGAAGCCUCACUCAACAGCCAAAUUUGUUGGGAGAGUGGCACCAGGGCUUGGGUUCUACCACCUGGAUGCCCCUGAUGUGAAUGCCCAACACACAGGGUGGUUGAAGAAUGUAGGGAUUGUGUAUGUGGAGUCUGGUGAAGUUACGAAGCAUGAGCUAGCAACAGAGUUUGCCAGCAUCUACAAGACAAAUUGGCCAUGGCCCAUCAAUGCACUGGAUGAGUGGUCUUUUCUGGUCAAAUUCACACCUGAAAUUGAUGUUGAACAGGUUGCUGGAUACUCCUGCUUUGGAUUGUCUAAGGAUAACACUAUAGUGAAUGUGGAAGUGUGGCAAGGUGAGGUUUCUGCUGAGGAUGAGCUGCAGAAAGUCUGGAUCAAGUUGAGGAAACUGAACCCAAAGUGGUGUGAAUGGUCAUUGCUUGACCAAAUCACAUCCACCUUUGGAGUGUUGCUGGAUGUUGACUGGCAACACAAUUUUCAGAGCUUCUAUGAGACUGUCAGGGUCAAAAUAGCUUGUAAGGAUCACAACAAAGUACCAAGGGAAAGAGUGUUUGGAAUCCAUGGGAAGCUGUACAGAAUCCAAGUAGAAGUGGAGCCACCAAGUGCUGAUGUAGAGGAGCUGAGGCAGGAGCAGCCCACCAGUGAUCAGCAAAAUGGAGGAGCUGGCAAGACCUACAACAACAAAAAUGGUGAUGAUACUGCUUCACAUAAAAGUUCUAAAAGCUCAGACAAUGGCUCUAGGACUAGCUCUAGUGGUGGGAUAACUAAAAAGACCUCACAAGAUCCCUGUCAAGAUGACAUGGAGCCUCCCACACCAACUACUCUCCGGAAGAACAAGUUGCCAGAUUCUCUGCAAAACUCUAAGAGGAGUGCUAUUGAUCUCCUCCUAACAGAUGGGGACCUGGAUGAUGGCCUCAGUUUGCUGAGGGAAAUGGAAAGAUGGGAUGAUGAUGAGAUUAGCACUGAAGAUGGUGAAGAGGACAUGUCAAUGGAGGCCCUGCAGCUGCCUGGGAACAAUGCUGAGAAUGUUGCUGAUGAUAGUCACCUGGGCUAUGAGGAGGAUUUCCCCCCAAUCCAACAGCAAUGUAACAAAGCAAAAACCUGGGGACCCAUCCAAGCCCCCAGGAUGAGUGCUAGAGUGGCUGGAGACACCAGAACUAUCCUUCAGAAAGCACAGCAGUUCAAGAGGACACAAGAUGUGGGAGCAAUCAGAGAUGGUAAUAAAAACAAACCCUUCUCUCUUUUCAGUAAUCCCAAUUUCCUUUCUGUUGCCAAUAAAAUUGGUGUAUAUGUAAAUUUAGAAGUAGGAGUAGAUGCUGAACCUACUAGCAAUACAACAAGUCAUGAUAGUAGAGGGGUUUUGAUUCCUGACAGAACUGAAGGUUCUGAGUCAGAUUUCAUCACCCCACCUAGAAUGUCUGGCUGUGAUAAUGCUGAGGCUAACUCUAGUUAA